AAGAAAAAGAAGAAGAAGAAGAAGAAGAUGAUGAAGAAAACAAAGAUGGCAAUUCAGGAAACUGUUAGCGGACGUUAGAGAAAUUGUCACCUGUAACUCGAUGAGUUGAGCGGCACAAAAACCUUUAUUUUCACAAUUGAUAAACGUCCCCUUCGAUUUAUUAACACCUGAUUUUAAUAACCAGAAACGGAACAAAAUGCCUUCUCCUAAAACCAAAAACAGUGCAAAUCGCAGCGCAGGUGGAAGCUCAGGUCUCAGUGGCAGCACCAACGGCAACGGACGCUACGAGUUCAUGUCGCUGAACCGAACCCCUCCACCCACUCUUCUCCAACGGCAGGGCUCCGACCCAACCGCUGCAGCCAGACUGCGGGCAUCUGAGAGCCCUACCCGGCGAAGGGGCUCCGGGUCCUCCACCUCCUCCAACACAGGCAUGCCCGAAGAGGAUUGUAUGCGGCUCAACCCUUCAUUUAUCGGGAUAGCCCUCAGCUCCCUCCUCGCCAUAGACCUGUGGCUUUCCAAGCGGCUGGGGGUGUGUGCCUGUGAAGAUUCCUCCUGGGGCAGCAUUAGACCAUUGAUGAAACUUAUAGAGAUUUCUGGACAUGGAAUACCAUGGCUGGUCGGGACAGCCUACGGCCUGUACAAGGCUGACAGUGCAGCAGGACAGGAGGUUAUGCUAAACCUCUUCAUGGCUCUCAUUCUAGACCUGAUCCUGGUUGGCAUCGUGAAAGCUGUCGUCCGUCGGCGCCGCCCGUCCCACAACCGCAUGGACAUGUUCGCCACCUUCUCCGUGGACCGCUUCUCCUUCCCCUCAGGGCACGCCACCCGCGCAGCCAUGUGUGCCCGCUUCUUGCUGGCCCACCUGGUCCUGGCUGCACCCCUCAGGGUGCUGGUGUUCUUGUGGUCUUGUCUGGUGGGGCUGAGCCGGGUGCUGCUGGGCAGACACAACGUGACCGACGUGCUGUUUGGCUUCCUAAUGGGCUACUGGCAGUACAACCUGGUGGAAAUGCUCUGGGUGUCAUCACUGGGCCUGCAGGGGCUGCUGGGACUCAUCCAGGGGUGAGGAUGAGAAGGAGGAGUGGAGAUUGAGGAGGGUUAAAGAGGGUGUGGUUGGUGGGAGACCCUGUCUCAGUAUGUUUGAAACAUUGACUGAUCCUGCCCCAUACUGACACUGUGGUAACUCAUAAUUUCAAGACUAACAACGGCAACAACAAAGGCUGCCACCCACUAAUCAUCCAUCCACAUGGAACUGCAAUCAGAAGCACCUACAGUAGGAGCAUGAUGCUCCUCUACACUGCAUCGCAGCACUGCUGCAAAGACCUGGAACACUUUCCACUCUACUGUAUUUCGCUGUUGGAAAAAAAGUGUGUGUGGAAUAUUAAUGUGGUGUAAUAAGCCGGGGGGGUAGUGUUACCCCCAAUACAGUCUUCUGUUCUUCUUCCAGCUUUGGAGGUUUGGGGCUCUGCAGUGAUAUGAGAGAGAGGGAGAGACGUGUUCUUUUAGAGGGGAGAAUGACUGCUAUAGAUUAAAACUUAAAUUGAUUAUGGUGUCUGCGGGUCGUUCUGAAAAGAGCAUAUUUUAUGGAGGAUUCAUUUUGUAUUGACUUAUUUUAAACUUUUACGGUAUGUAAGGCUGAAAAUUGAAUGGUAUGUCUUUUUUAUUUCCCACUGUGAAAUAUACACUGAACAAAAAUAUAAACGCAACAAUUUCAACAAUUUUACUGAGUUACAGUUCAUAUAAGGAAGUUAGUCAAUUGAAAUGAAGCCAUUAGGCCCUAAUCUAUGGAUUUCACAUGACUAGGCAAGGGCACAGCCAUGGGUGGGCCUGGAGGGCAUAUGCCAGGGUUCCUUAACUGGCGGCAGGCGGACAAAUUUUAUCCGCGGGUGGUUUUAUUUGGCCCCCUAAGUUUUCUGAACAAAAAAAAGUUGAAUUUGCAUUUUUGGAUAUAAAAGACUGUAAAAUAAAAAGGAAAUCAGCCCCAA